AUGUUAGAAAUUGGUGCAUUAAGACAAGGCUCAUAUGAAACUGUGCCUUCAUUCUGGGCGAAAAUUCAAAAAUAUGGUGAUCAACUCGGUUAUACACCAGCACAGAAAAAAACUCAUUUCUUAUCAGGAGUUAGAUCCGAUAUCAGAGAUGAAAUUUAUAGAAUCGGUCAAACCAAACCUAUUAACGAUAUCAUUGAUAGUUUGGCAGAACUUGAAUUACGUUAUGGAAUAUUACAACAAGCACCAUCACAACCUCGCUAUGCACCUAUUGCUUCUGCUACUCCAGAUGCUAUAUCACAACAACCAAUAGAAAAAUUAAAGGCCGAACUUCAAGCACAACAACCACAAGUCGCAACAGUAGGAACAUUUCAACCUCCAUCCAAGCUUUAUCCUAUAAAAUCGGAAAAAGCUCAGCAAGCAUUUUACAUAGUAGAUCAAGAAGCUAAAUCAAAUUUAACACAUCGAUACUUUUCUCCUCUAAUACCUUCCCAAUCCCAAUAUGCAUCUCCCGAUUCAGAUGAUAAUGAGGAUGGUGAAGAUAAUAAGUCACAUAUUAAUGCACAAAACGCACUGUCUAUGAAAGAUAUGAUACCAAAAACUUAUGAUCAACUAAUGAAUUCGUUAUCACCAGCAAUGCAAAGAAUAUGUAAAUCCAACCAGUCUCAUAAGGUUCAGGAAGAAACCAAUGAGUGGUUCUCAUCAAUACAAUAUUUGCAUAGCAAUAUAAAUGAUUUAACGAUCUCUAAUAGUUUUUUAGAUCUGGGUAGCGAAUUCGGCGCUAUUAAUAAUGCAACUAUCGAAGCACUUGAGUGGGAAAAUGAUAAACAAUCUGAUUUUGCUAUAAAGAGUGACAAUUCGAAACAUAUUACUAAAUCAUUGGGAUGGAUUACGGAUGUUCCAAUCUCUAUAAAAGAUAAGGCAGGAAAAACAGUCACAGUUUCAGGAAAUUUUGCACGUAUUGAUAAUGGUGAAUCAGAACCAAUGCUAUGUAUAGUAGCCAAGGAUCCGCCAAAAGAUAAAGAGACCUUAGAAGUAUUGGAUUCCGAUUCAUCAAGUGAAGAGGUAAAAAAAAAUGCAUAA